GUGAGAGUCACGUGGCCAGCGAGCCUGUCAGUCUGCUGCACCAUUGUUCCCUGAGCUGCCGGGAGGAGUGUGAGUGAAAAUACACUCCUGCAUGCGACAAUUGUAUCGGCCAGAAGUCACACAUUUAUUUUGAAACGUGAGCUCACAGUCCGGAGCCAGCAAUAGAUGGAGGCUGGAUGCUGAAAUGAAUGGUUAAAGGCUGGCAGCUGCUACGUGAUAUCCAGUUUGUGAAAGGUGCAGAUGCGGCCGGCCAUGAGCGGAAUACUGAAGAGGAAAUUCGAGGAGGUGGAAGCCUCCUCCUCCCCGUGUUCUUCCUUGAGGGAGUCUGAUGAUGAAGUCUCCUGCAGCGAGAGUGGCGACAGCAGCGACAGUGUCAACCCGUCCGCCUCGGGCCCUUUCACCCCCAACUCCAUCCUGAAGAGGGAGAAGCGGCUGCGCACGAGGAGGGUGCACUUCGAGAAUGUGACUGUGUACUACUUCAGCCGGCGCCAGGGCUUCACCAGCGUUCCCAGUCAGGGCGGGAGCUCGCUGGGAAUGUCCAGCAAGCACAGCUGGGUCCGGCAGUAUUCGCUGGGUGAGUUCGCCCUGGAGCAGGAGAGGAUCCACCGGGACAUGCUGCGGGAGCACCUGAAGGAGGAGAAGCUCAACUCCAUCAAGCUCAAGUUGACUAAAAACGGCACAGUGGAGUCUGAAGAAGCCAACGUGCUGACGGCUGAGGACAUUUCCGACGACGACAUCGAUCUGGACAACACUGAGGUAGACGAGUAUUUCUUCCUGCAGCCGCUCACCACCAAAAAGCGCCGGGCUCUUCUUCGCACCUCUGGGGUGAAGAAGAUUGACGUGGAGGAGAAACACGAACUGCGGGCCAUCAGGAUGUCCAGGGAGGACUGCGGUUGUGACUGCCGGGUGUUCUGUGACCCGGAGACGUGCGCCUGCAGCAACGCUGGGAUCAAGUGUCAGGUGGACCGGAUGUCCUUCCCUUGUGGGUGCUCUAAAGAAGGGUGCAGCAAUUCCACCGGGAGAGUGGAGUUCAACCCCAUCCGUGUGCGGACACACUUCCUGCACACCAUCAUGAAGCUGGAGCUGGAGAAGAGUCGCGAGCAGCAGCAGGCAUCUCCAACCAAUGGUUACCACGGUGACGGGAACGACAUGGGCAACGGAAACCCCCUCGCUCCUUCUCAGCACAGGCUGGACUACUCUUUGUCAGAGGGGAUUCCGCAGUCGGCCGGCGUGCACCUGCAGGCGGCGGACGAGGAGCCGCUGAACGACGAGGACGAUGAAGAGGACGAUGAAGAGGAAGAGGAGGAGGAAGAGGAGGAGAAUGAAGACGAUGAAGAUAGUAGCAGCAUCUUUAGCGGGAUAUCAGACUCCAGCACUCAGAGUUUGGCCAACAGUGACUCAGAGGAGGACGAGGACGAGAAGUCGGGGAGCUUUGAUGAGGACGACCCGUCGGUGUGUCACACCGAGGUCGUCCCGCUGUCCACAGUGUUCUGCUACAACGACGGGUCACAUGACAACCACAUGAAUGGAAACACGUACGACGCCUCCCCCACGGCUGAGUACUAUGAGCUCGGCACCGUCGCACAAACUAACCAAACCGCUGAACCUUUUGUGGAAACCUUCCAGGAUCAAGUCACCCAGGAACCUUUUAGCAUGAACUCAGAUUCCUACUCGAACUACACGAAUCAGAACAUGGAGCAAUACGCGGCAAAUCCACACUUCAGUCUCACUAACGGAUCCUCAGCCUCGUCUUUAGCCGAGUACUCACCCGAGCAGGAGAAGAAGGUGCUGUCUUCGACGGCUUUUGUGGAGAAACAGGGCCAGUUUCAGAACUACAUCAACAACAAUAGCUCCUUCGGUGGCUCUUGUUUAGAACAGCCUCAGCAAGAGUCCGGCAUCAGCGGACACUCUGAGCUGACCCAUCUAGCCACCGGGACCAAGAACCUUCCAUUACCCGCCAUAUAGCCCAGCGCAUCGCUGCGUCCACUCUGGAGAACCAAGUGGUAUUGUCCUCAUUCAUGGCCUUGCUCAUUGCCUGACCUUAAACGGAACCUAAAAAUGGAAUCAGCGAUUCACGGUUCGACCAUCCACAACGUCAUAGCGUGCAAUUAAUCCUGUUCAUUCAGAUGUAAAGGUCUAGUUUUGAGCAAAAAAUGUUGUAGACAAAUCUUUUAUACGUCUAAUGUUGGUGUCAAAUGUGCAAAAAAGAGGUAACACUUUAAAACCAAUGGGUGAGAGGGGGGUCAAGGGGUUGAUUCCAGUUGGAAGGAAGUGUGUUACAUUACACAAGUCAGUUGCGUAUUUGGUGGGUUAAAGAUGAGAAACCCCUGCUACUGUAUGUGGUGUUGUAGUCAUGACUGAAUAAUAAGGCGACCAACCACAGCACUAUUUUCCUUUCUUUUCUCAUAGUAGGGGUGUGACGGUUCUCAGUUUCUAAGCUUCAAUUGGGAACAUUUUUCAGUGCAGCAAGGGACACGAACAGAAAUAGAGAACAGAAACGUAUUUAGAUUAUUUCGGAGACAGAUUCCUGUAAUGCAGGGAACACAAGCACUGCUGCCUCCUCGCUCACUAAUAUAAGUUAGUUGUGUGUCUGAGUGUAAUGUGGUGGUGAUGCCACUCUUUUGUUUGCGUGAACACAGUCUGCGGGGAAGAUGGUUUUAAACUAACCGGCAGUGUGAGAGCAGGAAAAACAGGGGCCCUCAGUUGACCUUUUGUUGCCACUGAAACUGCUCACAUGGUUCGGGCAGGUUCGAAGCUUCAAAUGUCAACAGCUAAUGCAUCCGCGCAUAGCUCAGCACGGGCUUCACAAAACUACCUGCCGAAUUACUCAUCCUACACAUCAGUCCCGACACACAGGGAAAAUCACUGAGGAUCUUCUUGCUCUAGUUGUUGAUUUGCUGUGGAUGCUAUUUUGCUUGCGGCAUCCUUUGUGCAAACACAGGACUUAAGUUUUGCAUAUCGGCCAUGGACUGAAACACUUUGAUCAGAGUAUUUGCACUGCUACACCCCUACUGUAACUCAAUCAACGCUGGACGAUACCAAGAUCACUCCAUUACAUGGAGAAUGUAGUGAGAGUGAGACACAAUUCAACCCUCUUAAUGUGAAGAUAAACACCCCAUGUUUCUGUGAACGUUUGGUGAUGGAGAACAUUCUAGAAAGAACAUAAGAAGAAGAAUUUAGUGUGUGAUAAUGGUGGCAAUUCUGUGGUGUCAACUUGCUCCACCACACACAACAAAGUGUUUGUGAUGUUGUUGCUUUGAGUCAGUCAGAUGAAUAAUGUCCAACUCGUGAGAACUGAAGGGAAACAAGGCUGCUUGCAAUGGUGCGCCAUCAUUCCCAGUGCCAAGGUAACGUGGAAGGUAACAUUUAGUGACUCAACGGUGCCUUCGACUCGACAGUUUGUGGUGUUAAACAGAUAGAAUGGUGUGGAAUUGCGACUCCUACCAACCCCAAGACAUUGCCAACAUCAACGCUUGGUCAUCGCGCAAAAAAAAAACGUGCAAUUGAAGACUAUUAUUGUUUGGAAAAAUGACCUCGAUAUUACAACUUCCAUCUAAAGAACCCAUGUUAUAGAGUGUUACCGAAAAAUGUUACUAUCAGCGUAUUUAUUGCUUAGGAAAUAUGUGUUAAGAUAUAUAUAUAAAGAUAUUGUCAGAGUUUUGAUAUCGACAAGCAUGCCAUUUUGAGAAUUUACUGAAUAUUUAAAUGACGGUUUUGUAGAGAAUGUACAUGACGUAUAUUUUGUAUCGUUUUCGUCGCUGUUAGAUGCUUUUCUAUGGUUUUGAAAGGGACGACAGCCUAAAAUAUCUGAUGUCAAAAUUGGCUUUUUGUACAGGUGAAGUCUUUUCCGAUGGAUACUUGAAGAGAGGAAGAAUGUGGCGCCUUGCAGGUCUUCUUUACCCAGAAUUCACUUCAGCUCCGGCUGAUUAAUGAUUUACAUUUCCGCUUUCUUUUGAGUUGUACAACAGGUGACUGGAUCUCGAAAGGUAAUCUAGGGUGACAUCAUCUUUCAAAGACAUCAUGGUGACCUAAAUACUGCGACACACUCCAACUAGGCCGACCUCCUCACCGCUUCGCUGGCUACACAAAUCUUCAUCCUAAAAAUCCCUGCAGCAAUGGAAAUUGCUGUCACACGCCUUUUCACCGCAAUGAAAAAAACAUUACAAAUUUACUAUAUAUAUAUAUAUAUAUAUAUAUACUGUAUAUAUAUAGCCAUUAAAACACUGAGCAAGCGUGUGGAAUUCAAUAGUCAUGUGAGCUCAUUUAGUAAACCGUUGAGUGCAAUAAUUUUCUGUGAUCAAACAGCAACUCUCCGAGCGCGUGGCGUGGAAGUGCUUGCUAAUAACUACAAUGUAACGUGGGUGUAUGAGGGUUGACAAUCAAAACGUGUUAAUGAAAGGUGAAUGGCAUCAGUCAUUAUCGAGGAGCCAUAAACAAGCAGCGAGAGAUUUUACAAAAUUCAAAUGGGCGAGUUCAGAACUGUGGUAUCAUUACGUUCUGGGUCACGAAUGACACACUCCAAAGUGUUUUCCAGGCAAUCAGCGGUGUUUAACUGUCUUUGUGCCAAAGUGUAAGAGGAUCCGACGGCGUCCAGUUGUUUAGAGCUAUUUCAUUUAUUUAUUAUGAAUGAUCAAUAGAGUUGUGUAUUUAUUGUAUGUCGAUAUUUAGUAGACCUGAAAUUGUGUUCAUGCUGGUGAUGUUUGUACAGCUUUCAUGUGCCUGAUUUUGAUUUUUUUUUUCCUGUGGACUGCAAGCAUUUUGCACAAUUUGGUAUUUGAUUUAUUUUUUAUUCAUGUAUAUGGAGCAGUGUUCAGUUUUUAAUAUGUUUUUGGAAUUAAAUGUGAUGGAGAAAAUGUGUGUCUGUGUU